GACAGAUGUGUCAAGAGUCAUUUGUCAUAUUUGGCGCCAUCCAAUCUGAUUUUAACUUUUCGCUUGUAUAUUAUACAAAAUUAUUGAGAGAAAAGACUGAAAUUUUGUAUUUUUAAACAAAAUAAAUUUAAUUUAAUCUUUUUAAAACAAUGUCCGCAGUACGUCGUUCAACUAGACUGAGUAGUGUUGGUAAAUCAACACCUACACUAGCAGCUACAAGUGCUCAAACACCGUCGCGACGUUCAGAGCUCUGGCGUAGACGCCAAAUAAAGCAUUGUACAAGUAGCGACGAGGAAGAAGAAAUUGAAGGCAGCAAAUUCCUUACGUUAGCGGAAAUUGAUAAAGAAAAUACGAAAACUAGCAACGUUAUGAAUAACACAAAACGUAGAACACAACCGAGAAUUAAAGAAGUAAUAAGCGAAGAUGAACAGGAACCUAAAACACCACGUCGUGGCAAGGCAGUACGUAAUUCAACAACAAACAAAAAUACAUCCCAAGCCACUAAAAGAAUCAACCAAGUGCAGAGUGACCAAAGUGAGAAUGAGAGUGAUUUAACAACAAAUGGUCUAGAUGUCUCACCACCAAAGCUACCACGUUGGAGAAAGAAAACGGAACUUAUAAGCCCAUCCAGGCUAAUCGAUCGCUUAAGUAUAGACGAACGUAAGGAUGUUAACCCUGAUGAGGAUGAACAUGAGUCACGUACCAAAGACGAACAGGAGACACAGCUGGCAACACCUUCACGUAAUAAAUACCAAAGUGCUCGUCGUGUACUGAAUAGUGCAGAAACUCAACACUUACCCGGACGAGAACAACAAUUGCAAGACUUAAAAGAAUUCUUUCAAGAGCAUUUAGAAGAACAACGCUCGGGCAGUUUAUAUGUAUCAGGGCAACCUGGCACUGGGAAAACAGCAUGUCUUUCAUUACUGCUAAGGUCACCUGAACUAUCAAAACAACUCAAAAGUGUUUAUAUUAACUGUACGUCGAUAGCCAGUAUAAAUGGUGUAUAUAAGAAAUUGUGCACUGAACUUAAACUGCAUCCCGUUGGUCGCACUGAACGUGAUUAUCUCGCAGCUGUGCAGCAACACUUGCGUACAGCUCGUCGUAUGUUACUCAUUGUCUUAGAUGAAAUCGAUCAGCUUUGUACAACCAAACAAUCAGUAUUGUACACUAUUUUUGAAUGGCCUUCAUUGCCAGGCGCACGGCUUCUCUUAGUUGGUAUAGCUAAUAGUCUCGAUCUCACAGAACGCACUUUGAUGCGUCUUAAUGCGCGUUGCGAGCUAAAACCACAGCACAUGCAUUUUCCACCUUAUACCAAACAACAAAUAGUCGAAAUAUUCCGUGCUAGGUUAGAAGAAGCUGGUGUAUUGGAUGUAUUUCCACCAGUUACUCUACAACUUUUGGCAGCCAAGGUCAGUGCAGUGAGUGGGGAUGUGCGACGCGCAUUGGACAUUGGUAGGAGAGUAGCCGAAAUAGCAGAGCAGCAAGUGAAACAAGGACAAAAGCAGGUUAAUCUUGAUGGCUUAGCUUUAGGAGACAAUAAUAAGGAAAAGUUGGAAGAAGUUACUUUAAAGCCUGUACAAGUGACACAAGUGGCUGCAGUUUUAAAUAAGGUUUAUGGUGUUUCACAAAAUCUGGAGGAAGACAUUGAAGACUCCUUUCCAUUGCAACAAAAAAUUAUCCUGUGUACAUUAGUGCUAAUGCUUCGUAAGGAACGCAAUAAAGAUAUUACAAUUGGGCGAUUGCACGAGGUAUAUCGACGUGUAUGCACUAAGCGAAAUAUACAUGUAUUGGACCAAGCUGAAUUUGCUGGACUUGUUGAUUUGAUUGAGACGCGUGGCAUACUACGUAUUAUGCGUAAAAAGGAACCACGUUUAUGUAAAGUGGUAUUACAAUGGGAUGAAGAGGAAGUAAAUGGCGCACUGCGUGACAAACAGCUAAUUGCUUCCAUUUUGGACGAUACUGCCUGCUUGGGGAAAUGUUGAAAUGAGAUUCUUCUUUUUUAGCCGUAGUAAAGUGUAAUCAAAGUAAAUAUGUUUAAUGAAAAGAACACAUAAAACCAA